UUCUUAUCAGUUAGGUAUACAACGUUAACGUUUUGUAUAAAUACAAGUGGUUGCCUGAAAUUUUAGUUAGUAAACAAAAUUUUCAUCCGAAAAAUCAUAACAAAAUGUCUGUUAAAGUAGCAGUUGUUACUGGUUCUAAUAAAGGAAUAGGAUUCGCUAUAGUCCGUGGCCUUUGCAAACGUUUUGAUGGAACUGUUUACCUUACUUCGAGAAAUGAAGAACGCGGGAAAAAAGCUGUCGCCGAUUUAAAUAAAGAAGGCCUAAACCCAAGUUACCACCAACUCGACAUUACCGACAAUAAGAGCAUCGAAAGAUUUAGAGACUACAUAAAGAGUAAAUACGAUGGAAUCGAUAUAUUAGUCAACAACGCAGCGAUUGCUUUUUCUCAAACCUCUACAGAACCAGCAGCAGUACAAGCUGAGCAAACAAUAUUUGUAAAUUACUUCUCACUUGUUUCUGUUUGCGAUAUUUUGUUCCCUAUCGUUAAAAAUGGCGGAAGGGUGGUCAACAUAUCCAGCUCUCUAGGUCAUUUGAGUCACAUACCCAGUGAGGAUUUGAGAAAAAGAUUCAUAGAUCCCAAGCUGACUGUGAACGAAUUAUCUGCAUUGAUGCAGCAAUAUGUGGACGCUGCUAAACAAGGAACCCAAGAAGCUGAAUGGGGCAAAUCCUCAUACGUUGUGUCCAAAGUGGGUGUUACAGCUUUGACUAAAAUUCAGCAUAGAGUACUCAGCGAUAGAGAUAUAAAGGUAAAUGCAGUUCACCCAGGCUAUGUUGACACGGACAUGUCGAACCAUCAAGGUCCCCUAACAAUAGACCAAGGAGCAUCCGCCCCGCUCUACAUAGCGUUGGACGCUCCCGACUCCGUGAAGGGCGAAUAUGUAUGGUUUGAUAGCAGAAUUGUUAACUGGGAUGGAGAACGACCUGAGGAGAAAUAUUAAAAAUCCCAUAAAUUGCAGUUGAUUAUGAUUUAUGAAAUAAAAAUUUAAUACAAAUUUA